UCGUUAUUAAUAGAUCAGAAUGCAAGCUGACACUUGACUUCUCCAGUUUAGCCACUAGAUGGCAACGUUGCUCCAGCGUGUAUCUGCUCAAAAACCAGUCAUCUACACUAAAAAAAAAAGUUAUGAUACACAACACCCACCAAAAAUCAAGCUUAAUGGAGUGUUAUAAAUUAUAAUGUUGUGUUAUAUUGUGCUUUAGCAUAUACGAUGACAGGGUUUUGAUUUAAAUUGAUAAAUGAUACGAAAAAUCAAAUCACUUUUCAAUGUUGAAGUGUGUGAAUAGUUGAAUGUGAAACUGUCGUGUAAAGCAGCUCAAGACUAGAAAAGCUGUAUAUAAAUACAGAACAUUAAUAACUCUUCUUCUACUGAUUUUAUUUCGUAGUAACGUGUAACAAAGAUAGUUAGAGGAAAAGGAGUGGAGUAAAAGUUAAAGUUGCUACAAAUAUAAAUAACGAUGUAAAGUACAGACACGUGAAAUGUGUGCUUAAUUACAACGCUGCUUGUUUGAUUGUGAGUUCUGCACAAAACUAUUGUGUGUAAAUAACCUUUGCUACUUUUGGAGGGGGGCGACGGCAAUGUGGAGGAGUGAACCAUCUUACUCGGUUUUAACACUCUUUGUAUAAACACGUACGUCGUUACGUCGUGUUUGAACGUGGCGGCGCGGUUACGAGCAGCACCCGAUGAAAAACAAGUCCUUAUUCAGCUCCUAAGUUUGUUUGCGCAAGAAAAAAAACAUCUGUCAGGAAAGACAACAAAAUAUAGUUACACAUGUUUGUUGAAUGGCGGUCUAUUCGUGAUCACGUGCGACUUUCAUCGCGAUAUCCAAUGUCUACGAUGGUAAAUCAGGAAACUAAAACCAGCAGCUGCAAAAUAAACGGUCUCUUCAGCACAGGAGAGGACUUUGAUGAUGAGGACCUGCUCGGAACAGACUGGACCGUCCGCCCGGCGUCUGGAGGAGCCGAUGCAGCUGCAGCUGAUGUGUCCUCCUGUGUGCUGCGACCUCCUUCUGUAGUCCACAGAGAGCCAGUCAUAAAAUGCCUCCAGCAAAGUGCACAGGGAUCGGCUGCUCUGUGUAAAGACACAGCAUUAAGAAGCAGGGACACUCCUGCCAGACAAACAUUUGCUCUAGGUUUGAGACAGCUCUCCUCGUCCUCCUCACAAUCUCCCUCCACACUGAAUAACACUAGGGUUAAUGUAGUUACAUUACAGAGUCAUGCCAACACUGGGGCAUCAGGGAAGCCCUGUGUGGCUCAGGAUGAUUUUGAUGAGUGGGACGUUGACCUGGCAGACCUGGAUGAGAGUGAAUGUCGGAUGGCGCCACCACUUCAAGCUCCUCCUCCCACUCCACCUGCAACCACACCUGCAUUUUCAACCAAAACGCUUCGACCCCCAACAUGUGGAGGGAUUCAGACACAACCUAAUCGGACUCAUAACUUACCUCCUCAGACCCUUUUGGCUGCUCAUGUGCGACCUGCAGUUCCCCGCCCUACUCUUCCCUUAGCCCCUCCACAGAGUCCUUGUGCUUUUCCUGGCCGCAUUGUGACCUCUCCCACAAUGAGCCCCAUUUCCAGGACACUGAUCAGGCCACAGCAGCCACAGAGACUAAUGUCAACUCCAGGACCCUCACCUCAGCCACAUGGCAUUUUUGAGACCAUCUCCCCAUCACCCUCCUCCUCGUCUUUGAACUCCUCCAUCCUGAGCCCUCAUCCCCUUCACACCACUUUCCUCACUAACCGCCUGGUCCAGCUGGUAUCCGCCUCAAAUAAGUUUCCCAAGAAGAGGCCUCGCUCUGAGCUUCUAAUACCCAGGACUCGACGGUUCCCUGGUCCUGCUGGACUCCUGCCACAGCAGCCGCAGGGUCACAGCCUGGACGACAUUGUGGUUUCUGUCCCUCAUACUCCUGCUCACGGUGUUGUGGCCCGUUUGCCAAGCCAGGUUUCCAGCUCCCAAAAUGAGGAAGACGAGUUCAGUGGCGGCGCCUGGGCAGCGAUGAAGACUGAGAUGGGAUUGGAUGAGAGGAACCCAUCGUGCUUCUUGUCCUCCUACAGCGUGGUCAUGGUGCUUCGAAAGGCUGCACUGAAACAGCUGGCCAAAAACAAAGUGCCUAACAUGGCUGUACUUCUGAAGAGCAUCAUCCACACACAUGCUGAUGCCAAGGCUGUAUUCAAAGACCCAACAGGGGAGAUUCAGGGAACUGUGCAUCGGCGCCUCCUGGAGGACAGAGCAGAGGAACUGAAGGUUGGCGCCGUACUGCUGCUGAAACAAGUUGGUGUUUUUUCCCCCUCUCAUCGGAACCAUUACUUGAAUGUGACGGCCAAUAACCUUCUGAGGGUCUACAACUCCGAUGGAGUCAGUUUGUCCUCCACUCAGCUCCCCCCACUGGUCCUGGAGCCAAUGUUGCCAUCCCCCACUCGGUCCACCAACACCCGCCGGGAGCCAAUAUCACGCAUGCAACUGUUGUUUGACGAGGAGGAUGACGAGGGACAAGAAGCUGGAGGAAGCAAUGACCCCCAAGCUCCAUCAGGAACCCAAGUCACCUCAAGCAAAGAGCUGGCUGGGAAUCCAGGACCACAGGACCCAGCCUGGGAUGCAGAUGAUGACUUGGAUGAGCUGCUGGGAGAGUUACCAGAGGACACCUACAGCCUUUGAUGUAACUUUACAUCAGCAAACAAACUUAAGUUAUUUUAUGACUAAAAAAAAGUUGCUGACAUCACUUCUUUAAAAUCUGUGAACCUGUGAAGAACCUGUGCAGAAAUAUAUCUUGGAAACGUU